AUGGUUUUGUCACGGCCCCUACGAAACAACACUGAGAGGAAGCUGGACCACCGCCUUGGAGGGCAGUUGGGCCCGCUGAGCGCGGACCAGGACUCUGCGCGCCGCCCCCCGGGCACCAGCAGCGGCUCCGUGGCGGCGGCCACCCUCGUCCCCUUCUUCGCUCUGAUCCUGUCGGGUUCGCCUUCUACCUCUACAAACACAGAGCGAUUCCGCACGUCGAGUGGCCAAGGAAGAGCAGAGACGGAGUUGGACACCUGGCUCCUGAGAAGGGAGCGCGGACGCCCCCUAUUCCCUGCAGGGGGUCUGCAGAUUCCAGUGUUUCUGCACACACUCCAGGUGCCCGUGCAGCGCGGACGGUUUUCUCUUGAGAGGCCCCAGGCCUCCAACUGCUUCGCCGGAGACACCAGGUGCCGGGACUCUAGAAAAACGCCCAGACUGGCCCCAACUAACCCUGCGCAGCUUCAGGACCAGCUUCGGCGCAUCGAACGCACUCACCUUCCAGCUGGAGCUGUCUCUAAAGUCACCAGUGCCUGGGCGAGAGGCACUCGUCUGCUGCUCAUGGAAUGUGCUGCCUCCCACGCCGGUCGUGGAAGAGUGGAGAAGGAGUUCUCACCCUGCACAGAGGCAGCGAAGCAGCUGCAGGUGGUCUGCGGAGGCGCUGCCGUGACCGAUCCCGUGGAUGCCGCCAGCCUGCUCCCAGGCUGCCGAGGGCCAGGGCCUUCUCCACAUGCCCGAACUGGGCAGGCAGUCCCACUAGAGAUGCAGACACUCGGGCCCUCCCUACACCUACAGGGUCCGCCACAUGUGAACAAAACCUCCGACUCACUCGCCAGCCAAAUGCAGUUUGAGAAGCACAGACCUCGGGAGGUCAGGAAACAGAGCAACCCAGCCCCCGGUCAUCAAUGAACUGUUUUCCUCCAGACUCACCCAUUUCGACAGUUGACCGUUCCCUGGAUUGUCCAGUUGGUUCCACUAACAAAUUCACUUCUUCAAAUAUUAGUGCUGGAUCCCUACUUUUUUGUCUUGUGAAUCCAAGUGUCCUCAUUUAACCCUCACAACGAAACAAAGACAGACCUUAUACUCCCACUUCACACAGCAGCAAACCCAACAGCAGGAAGGUGACACCAUUCCCUGAGUCCCACCUCUGACAUGGGGCAAGGUGGAAAACAAAGCGAGGUGAGCUGACGUACCCGAGCCUUUCCCUGCGGAAUGCGUGAGGUUGCACCUUCCCACCAGGAAAGGAAGUCCUAGUUCCAGGAGGGGCCUCUGUCACCAUGGUAACAUGUGCCCAGCCUAGGGAUGGGGUCCCCAGAGUGGAGUUCCCACCCUGAAGUCCCUGCCCCCUGUAUGAGCUGCUGUGGCUCCUUGCAGGGUUUCCAUCUGGAGCUAGUAGAGGCAAUUGGUUUUUCUUAGAAGUACAUCUGCAAUCCCUUCAGGAUGUUGAAGUCUCUCGGGCAAAUUCUGAGGAAGGAGAAGGCGCAAAGAAGAGUCGAAUCGCUGAUCUAAUUUGCAGAUUAAAGUCCCUGACACUUCCUGGGUUUAACCUUUUAAGACCAUUUAUCUCAGAAACCACACUGCCCCUCCCCACAUCAAAAAUAAAGAACAACUUCAAACGUAAAACACCCAAGGACUUGCAUUGUUAUAAAUUCACUUUUCAAUGAGUGUUUCUAAAAGAUCCUAUCUACUUGAAGGUUCCCUGUCUUUCAAUAAAAAUGACUGAGGACUUCCGCCAAGAUGGAGGCAUAGGUGGAUGUGCCGUGCCUUCUCACACAACCAAGUUUAGAGACAACUAAAUAUUAGCAAUAGAAAACACAGCCAGAACACAGAAAAUUGAACUUUUCGGAAGUCCGUUAACAACAAAUUCUUCAGCCUGACCGGUAAGGGGCGAAACCAGUGGCUGGUGAAGCGAGGUUGCACAGGAAACCUUGGUCAGCCGGACUCAGGCGCGCCCGUGGAAUCCAGGCACAGGGUUGGACCUAGUGAGCGACCCAGCGAGUGACCAGGCGAGGGAGUGGGCGGUUGGACCGGGGCCUGGCGGGUCCCCGCGGUAAGCAGCAGUAGAGGGCGCUGUCAUUUCCCUGCUCUGACCCCACCUCCACGUACAGCGUCAUAACCCAGCGACUCUGAGUGGCCCGGCCCAGGUGAACCACCUAAGGCGCUACUCCUCACCCAGCUGUGCCAAACAGCAGAGGGGGUCGCCAUUUCCCCGCUCUGACCACGCCCCCACAUUACAGCGUCACAACCCAGCGGCCUGGGAGUCCAAGGUGCCGCUUCUCACACUUAAAGGGCGCGAACAGACCAAAAAUAGCUCAAGAAGAUCUCAAAGCCCCAGAGCCUAUAAAUUAAGCGAUGAAGAAAUAGCAGAACUCUCAGACACACAGUUUAAAACACUGGUGAUCAGGAUCCUCACAGAACUGGUUGAUUAUAGCCACAAAUUAGACAAAUAUAUGAAGGCGAAACUAAUUGAAAUGAAUGGAAUUGCACAGGAAACCAAUAGCGAUGAAAAGGAAACUGGGACUCAAAUCGAUGGAGUGGACCAGAAGAAAGCAAAUAAUGGCCAAACAGAAAAGAGUCAAGAAGCAAGAAUUCAAAGAAAUGAGGAGAGUCUUAGGAACCUCCAGGACAUCUUUAAACGCUCCAACAUCCAAAUUAUAGGGGUACCAGAAGGGGGAAAGGCACAGCCACCAGUGGAAAACUUAUUUGAACAAAUAAUAAGGGAGAAUUUCCCCAGUCUGGCAAAAGAAAUACACUUCCAGGAAAUCCAGGAAGCUCAGAGAGUCCCAAAGAAGUUGGACCCAAGAAGAAACACACCAAGGCACAUCAUAAUUACAUUAGCCAAGAUUAAAAUGAAGGAGAGAAUCCUAGAAGCAGCAAGAGCUAAGGGGACAGUCACCUACAAAGGACUCCCCAUCAGACUGUCAGCGGAUUUCUCAAAAGAGACCUUACAGGCAAGAAGGGGCUGGAAAGAGGUAUUCCAAGUCAUGAAAUCCAAAGACCUAUGUUGGGAACCUUACACCUGGCUUCUAGCUAAAAAGAUUGCAUUGAUUACAGGAACCUGUGCGCUCCACAAAGCCAAUCGGCUACAGGCACAUGAGGUGUCCACGAGUACCAGUUGCACCCAAGUAAUCAAUAAGCGGGCCCUUCUUUGUCUCAAGCUAGCCAAUAGCAAGCAACCUAAUCUCCUUCCUCUCCCUCCCCCCUAUAUAUAUACCCAGUUCGGAAAAAUAAAGUUUGCAGCUUGAUCAGAAUCUUUUGUCUUGCUGCCAUUCUUCGCGCCUCUUGUCCCCCCAACUCAUUUGUUCUAGGUAGGUGGUCGAGCCCCAGUUGAUUGCUCCGCGGGCCGGAGCAAGUGGCGCCCAACGUGGGGGCCCGAUAGCCGCCGGAACAAAGCGCCGUCCCCGCCAGUGACUUCCCCGCACAGAUUGGAUCGCCACGACUACUCGACUGCGAGACAGAUCCAGGAGCCCCUCCCCUCAACGGUGAACUCGGCCAGGUAAGGCCCCCAAUCAUGGGACAAGCAUGUUCACAGAAUGGUAUUUUUAUAAGUCAAUUAAAGCAAACACUCAAGGUGCGAGGAACUCGAGUUAAGAAAAAAGGAUUUAGUUUUAUUUUUUGACUUUAUAUUCAAAAUGUGCCCCUGGUUCCCCCAAAAGGGGA